AUGACUGGUGCAUUCGAUGCGUAGUAAUCCUAGAUUGAAAAAGGUUACUUAACAAAGGAGAAAAGGGCCAAUACAUUUAUAGGAAGUUCUGAAAAAUCAGGUCUAAAGUCAGAAAAGAGUUUAGAUAAAUCAAAUCUAGAUGAACAUGUUUGUUGCAAUAAGUUGGAUGAUCUUAGUCGAUAAUACUAAUUAAUCAUAAAUGAGCAAAUGAGUAAAUUAACAGAAUUAAAUUACCUUAUUUAGUAGCAUUCUAAACUACUAAUUGAAUCUUAUAAUCAAGGUUUGGAGGAUGCUAAGAGUGCAAAGAAUAAGGAAUAGCAGAUAUUAGAAAAUAAUAGGUUGUUGAGAGAGAGAGAUAGAUAAAUUUAGGAAUGGGAAGAGAAAUACCACAAGGAAAAAAAGUUUGGUGAUGAAAAAGAAGAAGAGAUUAAAGAAUUAGAGCAUAGGAUUAAAGAAUUGUCCACCAAUAUUUCAGUGAUAUCGAAUACAGAAGAUUUAGAAGUAGAGAAAAAUUAAUGGAAGAAUAAGUUUAUAUCUUUGAAUAAACAAUUCAAUGAGACAGAGUAAUAAGUUGUGGUGUUGGAAAAUGAAAUAGAUAUGUUGAAAUAAUAACAAAAGAAGACUGAAGUUAGAACUACAACAAGAAGGAGAACUAUUGCAAAAGAAAUAUAAUAACCUUGA